UAGCCAAAGCUUCCCCAUGGUGGAACCAAAGAGCCCCAACGCUAAUUUCCUCCACUCAUAACAUAUCCCUAUCUGUUCAAGCCAAAGACAACUCCUUUUCUCUAUCAACCACCUCUCGUUUACACUUUUGUUUCACUCCACUUUCUCUCUUUCUUCUCCAUCUACGGCCAAUCCCAGGCAAAAACCAUUUUCCUGGUUCCUUGUCAGUCCAUUUUUCAGGCACUUCCCAGUUGGGAGAAGGGGGAAAUGGCACAGAUUUUAGCACCCUCGACUCAAUGGCAAAUGAGAUUACCGAAGACCUCGACCUUUGGAAGUCCCAUUGCGACGAAAAUGUGGAGUCCUUUGAUGCUGAAACAGAACAGGAAAGGAGCAGCUAAGAGUUCUGGCAAAUUUAGAGUGCUCGCCUUGUCUGAGAACAGCACUGUCAACAGGCUAGAGAAGUUUCUAAACAUGGAUAUCACUCCAUACACUGACAAGAUCAUUGCUGAAUAUAUCUGGAUAGGAGGCAGUGGAAUCGAUAUGCGUAGCAAGUCCAGGACAAUAUCAAAGCCGGUUGAACAUCCGUCCGAGCUUCCCAAGUGGAAUUACGAUGGAUCAAGUACCGGACAAGCACCCGGAGACGAUAGUGAAGUUAUUUUAUACCCUCAAGCAAUCUUUAAGGAUCCUUUCCGAGGAGGUAACAAUAUCUUGGUACUUUGUGAUGCGUACACACCAGCCGGUGAACCCAUUCCCACAAACAAGCGCGCCAGAGCUGCUGAGAUUUUCAGCAGCAAGAAGGUGGUAGAUGAAGUACCAUGGUUUGGGAUCGAGCAAGAGUACACUUUACUUCAACAAAAUGUGAAAUGGCCUUUGGGCUGGCCUGUUGGAGGCUACCCUGGUCCUCAGGGUCCUUAUUACUGUGCAGCUGGAGCUGACAAAUCAUUCGGGCGUGACAUCUCGGAUGCACAUUACAAAGCUUGCUUAUAUGCCGGAAUUAACAUCAGUGGAACCAAUGGGGAGGUUAUGCCUGGCCAGUGGGAGUAUCAAGUUGGUCCAAGUGUUGGCAUCGAAGCCGGAGAUCAUAUCUGGUGUUCCCGAUACCUUCUUGAGAGAAUCACUGAACAAGCCGGCGUUGUUCUCUCCCUUGAUCCUAAACCAAUCGAGGGUGACUGGAACGGUGCUGGAUGCCACACCAAUUACAGUACGAAGAGCAUGAGGGAAGAAGGAGGCUUUGAUGUUAUAAAGAAAGCAAUCCUGAAUCUGUCGCUUCGCCACAAGGAGCAUAUCAGUGCCUAUGGUGAAGGAAACGAGAGAAGACUGACAGGAAAGCAUGAAACAGCCAGCAUCGACACGUUUUCAUGGGGUGUGGCUAAUCGCGGCUGCUCAAUCCGAGUUGGGCGUGACACUGAGAAGAAUGGAAAAGGUUACUUGGAAGACCGACGCCCGGCUUCGAACAUGGAUCCGUACGUUGUGACAUCAUUGCUUGCGGAAACUACACUAUUGUAUGAGCCGACACUCGAAGCUGAAGCACUUGCUGCUCAGAAAAUUGCUUUGAAGGUCUGAUUUAAAUAGUUUGGCUUGGUUCUAGCUCAUUUACAGGGAUGGUUUGCACUUUUUAUAAAUUGGAUGGCUUUUAGGGGAAAUCCCUGUAAAUGAAAGGGUCCUAGAAUGAGUACUUGUUCUUGUCAAAUGAUAUUCUUAAAUGGAUUGUCUUGUAAAUUAAAAUUACUGGUCUUAUCAUGUA